CUGAUAUUUUCACCUUUCUUAAAGGUUCCCCUUCGGUCUUUACCUUCACACCUUCCAUUUCAAAUUUCAAUUCUUUUUCUUCCUGACUCGCUCUGCAACUUUCAUCAAUCUCGCGCUCUGCUCUCUUGUCAUUUCGGUUCAAAGGGAUUGAAAUAAUAAUCUCGUUAAUAACAAAGCUUUUUUAUGUGUUGUACUGAAGAGUUAAAAUGGAGGGAACGGUCUUUACACCAUCACUAGAAGGAAUGAAGCACGUGAAAUCUGGAGAAGGAGAAAUGCUCACUAAGCCUUUUUUGGAUGUCUGCAAACUAAUUUUGCCUGUUAUUGAGAAAUUUGGAGCGGCAAUGGCUCUUGUAAAAUCUGAUAUCGGCGGGAACAUAUCGAGGUUGGAAGCUAAAUAUUCUACUGAUCCAACUAAAUACAACCACUUGUACACUAUGGUUCAAGAGGAGGUUGAAGCUAAAACAGCUAAAGGAUCAUCUAGUUGUGCUAAUGGCCUUCUUUGGCUAACCAGGGCAAUGGAUUUCCUAGUGGAGCUAUUCCGUAAUUUACUUGCUCAUCCUGAUUGGGCAAUGUCUCAAGCCUGUACAGAUUCCUAUGGCAAGACACUAAAAAAGUUUCACGGCUGGCUUGCUAGUUCAAGUUUCACUGUUGCGAUGAAGCUUGCUCCGGAUAGGAAGAAAUUCAUGGAAGUAAUAGCCGGCUCAGGUGACAUUGGUGUUGACAUGGAAAACUUUUGUGCAACCUUUUCACCAUUUCUUGAAGAGAAUCACAAAUUCCUGGCUUCUGUUGGCUUGGAUGACAUGAAAGCUUCAUAGGGAAAGAGGUCUUUCUGAUAAACAGCAGUGGUUUUUACAGAAAUUGGUGGCUUAAAAGACUUCGCAUGAGUUGAGAUGAGAUUUGGAUUAAUUAUCAAUUUCAAUUUUCAAAUUAUACACACCAUGUACCUUUUCUGAAUUCUUAUUCAACCUUUUCAUCUAGCCUCUUUUUCUUUUCUCUUGUUGUCUGAUUGGUUACUAUUGUGAGCCUAAUUGUCCUCUUCAACCUGACCAUUAUUAUCAUUAUCAUUAUUAUUAUUAUUAUCAGCCAGAGGUAAA